CUAUGGAGAGGAGGAGGAAGAUGGCGGGAGGGCGGCUCUGAGGAGACCUCGGCGGCGGCGGAGGAGGAGAGAAGCGCAUCGCCGCGCCGCGCCGGGGCCCAUGUGGGGAGGAGUCGGAGUCGCUGUUGCCGCCGCCGCCGCCGCCGCCGCCUGUAACUGCUGGAUCCGAGUGGGAGUGAGGGGGAGACGGCAGGAUGAAGUUCGCCGAGCACCUCUCCGCGCACAUCACUCCCGAGUGGAGGAAGCAAUACAUCCAGUAUGAGGCUUUUAAGGAUAUGCUGUACUCAGCUCAGGACCAGGCACCUUCUGUGGAAGUUACAGAUGAGGACACAGUAAAGAGAUAUUUUGCCAAGUUUGAAGAAAAAUUUUUCCAAACCUGUGAAAAAGAACUUGCCAAAAUCAACACAUUUUAUUCAGAAAAGCUCGCAGAGGCUCAGCGCAGGUUUGCUACACUUCAGAAUGAACUUCAGUCAUCACUGGAUGCGCAGAAAGAAAGCACUGGUGUUACUACACUGCGACAACGCAGAAAGCCAGUCUUCCACCUGUCCCAUGAGGAACGUGUCCAACAUAGGAAUCUUAAAGACCUUAAACUGGCCUUCAGCGAGUUCUACCUCAGUCUUAUCCUGCUGCAGAACUAUCAGAAUCUGAAUUUUACAGGGUUCCGAAAAAUCCUUAAAAAGCAUGACAAGAUCCUGGAAACAUCUCGUGGAGCAGAUUGGCGAGUGGCUCAUGUAGAAGUAGCCCCGUUUUAUACAUGCAAGAAAAUCAACCAGCUCAUCUCUGAAACUGAGGCUGUAGUGACCAAUGAACUUGAAGAUGGUGACAGACAAAAAGCUAUGAAGCGUUUACGUGUUCCCCCUUUGGGAGCUGCUCAGCCUGCACCAGCAUGGACUACUUUUAGAGUUGGCCUAUUUUGUGGAAUAUUCAUUGUACUGAAUAUUACCCUUGUGCUUGCCGCUGUAUUUAAACUUGAAACAGAUAGAAGUAUUUGGCCCUUGAUAAGAAUCUAUCGCGGUGGCUUUCUUCUGAUUGAAUUCCUUUUUCUACUGGGCAUCAACACGUAUGGUUGGAGACAGGCUGGAGUAAAUCAUGUGCUCAUCUUUGAACUUAAUCCAAGAAGCAAUUUAUCUCAUCAGCAUCUCUUUGAGAUUGCUGGAUUUCUCGGGAUAUUGUGGUGCCUGAGCCUUCUGGCAUGCUUCUUUGCUCCAGUUAGUGUCAUCCCCACAUAUGUGUACCCACUUGUCCUUUAUGGGUUUAUGGUUUUCUUUCUCAUCAACCCCACCAAAACUUUCUAUUAUAAAUCCCGGUUUUGGCUGCUUAAACUGCUGUUUCGAGUAUUUACAGCCCCCUUCCAUAAGGUAGGCUUUGCUGAUUUCUGGCUGGCCGAUCAGCUGAACAGCCUGUCAGUGAUACUGAUGGACCUGGAAUAUAUGAUCUGCUUCUACAGUUUUGAGCUCAAAUGGGAUGAAAGUGGGGGCCUGUUGCCAAAUGAUUCAGAAGAACCAGAAAUUUGCCACAAAUACUCAUAUGGUGUGCGGGCUAUUGUUCAGUGCAUUCCUGCUUGGCUUCGCUUUAUCCAGUGCCUGCGCCGAUACCGAGACACAAAAAGGGCCUUUCCUCAUUUAGUUAAUGCUGGGAAAUACUCCACGACUUUCUUCACGGUGACGUUUGCAGCCCUUUACAGCACUCACAAAGAACGAGGUCACUCAGACACCAUAGUGUUCUUUUACCUGUGGAUCGUCUUUUGUAUCAUCAGUUCCUGUUACACCCUCAUCUGGGAUCUGAAGAUGGACUGGGGUCUUUUUGAUAAGAAUGCAGGAGAAAACACUUUCCUCCGGGAAGAGAUUGUAUACCCCCAAAAAGCCUAUUAUUACUGUGCCAUCAUAGAGGAUGUGAUCCUGCGCUUUGCUUGGACUAUCCAAAUCUCAAUUACCUCCAUGACUUUGUUGCCUCAUUCUGGGGACAUCAUUGCUACUGUCUUUGCUCCCCUUGAGGUCUUCCGGCGAUUUGUGUGGAACUUCUUCCGCCUGGAGAAUGAACAUCUGAAUAACUGUGGUGAAUUCCGUGCUGUGAGGGACAUCUCUGUGGCCCCUCUGAAUGCAGAUGAUCAGACGCUUCUAGAGCAGAUGAUGGACCAGGAAGACGGGGUACGAAACCGCCAGAAGAAUCGGCCAUGGAAGUACAGCCAGAGCAUAUCCCUGCGCCGGCCUCGCCUCGCGUCUCAAUCCAAGGCUCGUGACACUAAGGUAUUGAUAGAAGACACAGAUGAUGAAGCUAACACUUGAAUCCUCUGAAGUCUAGAUUAACAUCCUUGGUUUUCCUACUCUACAGUUCUUUCCUCGACCAACGCAACCUCUAGUACCUUUCCAGCCGAAAACAGGAGAAGACAUAUAACACAUUUUCCGAGCUCUUCCAGAUCGGAUCCUAUGGACUCCAAACAAGCUCACUGUGUUUCUUUUCUUUUCUUCUGGUUUAAUUUUCAUUUUCUACUUUUAAAACAAAUAUUUACUUCAUUUUGCCAAUCGGAGGACAUUUUAAGGAACAAAAACAUAGUAUCUUAUGGAUUGUUUACAAUCACAAGGACACAGAUACCUGUCAGGAUGAAGAACAAGCAUUGCAAGGACCCUCUGAUGGGACGGUACCGAGAUAUCUCGGCUUCCGCUUGGCCCGGUUUUGACUGGUUGAAACCGGACAUUGGUUUUUAAAUUUUUUGUCUGUUUAUGUGGAGAAUUUUUUCCUUUCCUUCAUACCCAGCGCAAAAGCACUGGCCGCACUUGCAGGGAAAGUGCAACUUCGAGCAGUACCUUCAUUCACGAAGCUACUUUUUAAUUUGAUGUAACUUUUCUUAUU